CGUUUUGUACAGUUCAAGGGACCGCCAAUCACAGAGCCAUAUAAAAUGGGGUCAUCCGGAAUAUCUAACGGUCAGAGUUGAUUCUAUAGUGUACCGGUGAUAACUGGAACGAUGGUGUCUUUUUUGUUUGGUUUGGCUGCAAUACAUUUUGUGGUGGUAUCGUAUGGUGUUAGUGCAGGGAAAACCAGUUCCAGCUCGAAGUGUGAAAAGUCUUUAACAACGGCAAGUGGAACUAAGGCUCCUUCAGGACCGUACUGCCCGGGUGAUUUGAUAUUCGAGGAUACCUUCGACAAUUUUGAACUUGAUACUUGGCAACAUGAGAAUACAUUGGCUGGAAAUACCCAGAACUGGGACUUUCAAUGGUUUACGAACAAUCGUUCCAACUCGUUUGUAAAGGAGGGAAAUUUAUUCAUCCGUCCUACGUUAACAGUUGACGAGUUUGGCGAAGCGUUUCUUCGAUCCGGAGUAUUGAACAUUCACGGCGGAACACCUGCUGAUCAAUGCAGCAAGCAAAGCACGUUUGGCUGUGAACGCGUAGGAUCACAUAUCCACAUCCUCAAUCCGAUCAAAAGUGCCAGUCUCCGGACUGUGGAUACAUUUGCAUUCCGGUAUGGAAAAGUGGAAAUCAGUGCGAAACUUCCAGCUGGGGACUGGAUGUGGCCGGCAGUUGCAUUCCUUCCGAAAUACAACUCAUACGGAGCGUGGCCUGCGUCUGGUGAGAUCGAUUUGCUCGAAUCGAAAGGGAACCGUGACUUGAUCAAGAAUGGGGUUAACGUUGGCAUCGAACAGGUCACUUCGCAGCUGCAAUUCGGUCCGAAUGAUGGAUUCAGAGAUGGUUCGACGACCACUUUCACUAGAAAUGCGGAAUCCGGAAAGGGAUAUCACACAGGCUUUAAUCGCUACCAGAUGGAGUGGACCCCGGAUCAUAUAACGUUUAGCAUCAACGACAUCGAAACGGGAACGGUUAAGGUGGGAACGGGAUUUUGGGCUCGCGGGAACUUUAACAUCACUGCACCGGGGAUGGACAAUCCGUGGCGGUUUGGCAGCAUUAUGGCACCAUUCGAUCAGGAGUUUUACUUUAAGAUCUCACUGGCAGUUGGGAGCAAUGAGUAUUUUUCCGACGAUGAUAUCAACCCGACGAAGAAGCCGUGGAAAAACGACUCGCCUCAUCCGAUGACCGAUUUCUGGAACGCAAGGAAUGACUGGCUGCCGACAUGGAAUUUAGAUGAGAAUGACGCUAAAGAUGCAUCUAUACAGGUGGAUUACGUCAGAGUGUGGGCUCUGUGAAGCACGGUGAGCUGAGUUGAUUAUCGAGUAAAUUCCAGUAGUUAAAAUUAUUUACUAGAUGUUUAAAACUGUUUCUAACAAAUUUGGACAAUACCUCAUUCAGCGGGAUUGGCCAAGCAAUUAUAUUAGUCAUUUAUUAUUACCGCCUCCCCAACAGUUGAUUUAAUCGUGACAUGUUCCUCCUUUCACAAUAAUUAUAUCAUAGUUAUUAGAUCCCAUAAGUUUCAGUGCUGGACAUACC